AGCAGGUCUGAGUGCCCUGGGGCACAGGGAGCCCUGAUUUCCCUCUGGGCUCCCCAGUGCUCAGGCUGAGAGCAAUGCUGAAAGAAGAUUUCUGCCCAUUCACAGAAAAAGGCACUAACUUAGCAACAAAACCUGAGCUCAAAAAGAAAUAAUAAGUGAGCAAAAUUUCCUCAAAGAAAGAGAAGUAAUUUUGAGUAAAUUUUAAAAAUUUUUGCAUGGAAUUGCCACAAGGAAAUCUGUCCCAGCUUUUCAAUGUCUUCUUUCAACAGUCCACCAUGCCAGAGUGAAGAAAUGUCCAACAGCAGCUCCUUCAGCCACUUCCUCCUGCUGGCACUGGCAGACACGUGGCAGCUGCAGCUCCUGCACUUCUGCCUCUUCCUGGGCAUCUCCCUGGCUGCCCUCCUGGGCAACACCCUCAUCAUCAGUGCCAUAGCCUGCGGCCACCACCUGCACAGCCCCAUGUUCUUCUUCCUGCUCAACCUGGCCCUCACUGACCUGGGCUGCAUCUGCACCACUGUGCCCAAAGCCAUGCACAAUUCCCUCUGGGACACCAGAGAAAUCUCCUACUCAGGAUGUGCUGCACAGGUGUUUCUGUUUGCCUUUUUCAUCUCAGCAGAGUAUUUCCUGCUGACCAUCAUGUGCUACGACCGCUACGUGUCCAUCUGCAAACCCCUGCACUACGGGACCCUCCUGGGCAGCAGAGCUUGUGCCCACAUGGCAGCAGCUGCCUGGGCCAGUGGCUUUCUCUAUGCUCUCAUGCACACAGCCAAUACAUUUUCCCUGCCCCUGUGCCAGGGCAAUGUCCUGGGCCAGUUCUUCUGUGAAAUCCCACACAUCCUCAAGCUCUCCUGCUCCAAAUCCUACCUCAGAAAACUUGGGGUUUCCAUUUUUACAACCUCCUUAGCACUUGUCUGUUUUGUGUUCAUUGUUUUCUCCUAUGUGCAGAUCUUCAGGACUGUGCUGAGGAUCCCCUCUGAGCAGGGACGGCACAAAGCCUUUUCCACCUGCCUCCCUCACCUGGCCGUGCUCUCCCUGUUCCUCAGCACUGUCAUAUUUGCUCACAUGAAGCCCGCCUCCAUUUCCUCCCCAUCCCUGGAUCUGGCAGUGUCAGUUCUGUACUCGGUGGUGUCUCCAGCCCUGAACCCCCUCAUCUACAGCCUGAGGAACCAGGAGCUCAAGGCUGCCCUGAGAAAAUUGAUGACUCUGUAUUUUCAGAAGUAUUAAACUUUCUUAUUUGUGCUGCAGAGCCUUUUGAAUGUAACUCUUUGGAA